AUCAUCGACGAAGAAGCAAAAUUAAAAGGGCGACAUCUGCGAAUCAUCCGGCAUGCGAGUCCAAUUUAUUACACGUGAUUUUGUAUUUUAGUUUUAUUCAGUGCUAGUGCCCUAAUUGUAUUGUAUUUUUGCUCCACAUAAAAUUACUGUUUCCAAGUUUGUAUCCUGCUCAUUACCAGUUACAAUGCCGAGAAAGACUCCUGUUAAAGAACUCCAAAAAGACGAACCAGUCGUCGCUUCACCUCUUCGAAGAUCAUCUCGUUUGAGUAGCAGUUCACCAGUUCCAACGAAAGUCAUAAGUAGAAGAAACUCAGCUAGUGAAGCGACAACAUCAACUCCGAAAGCAACUAGAGGCAGACGUUCUUCUUUCAGUCAGGAAUUGGAGUCGGCCAAAGAGAAGACCACAACAAAAGGUUCUAUGUCAACGAGUGUUGAAGAGGAAGAGCCAGCUAAUAAACCCAGAACCAGAAGCUCUUCUGCUACAAAAGAAUUAACGACAGAAGUAAAGAGAACAACAAGACGUAGAAGUUCCAUUACUGAUGAGACAGAUGUUGUUGAAGAUAAAUCUACAACAAGAAGUACUAGAUCUCGUACUGGGUCUCUAACAAAAAGUAAUAGCGUCGGUGAUUUGAAAAUUACAACUAAAAAACAGACUUCGAAGAAAUCUGAAAUACCUGUUGUUACUCCAAUAAAAAAGUCGCCAUCUAAUGAAACGGUCAACACAAAUUUGGAGCCAAUUGAUGAAGAUGAAUUACCAGAAGCGGAUGAGUCUGUUAAAACCAAAAAGGCGUUGAAGCUUGAAAUUACCAAAUUAGAUCUUGAUUUGAGUGUGAUUAACGAGGCUAGUUUAACAGAAGAAGAUGCAAGUCCAGAGAAAAAAAGAAAAACUGAUGAGAGCAACCCCGAAAAUGUUGCACAUCUUGAGAAAAAAAACGAGAGUGAAUUAAUAAAUAAAAAAAGUGUCGAUAAUAACACUAAAGAGGUUCAGGAAAAACUUACAGAAACAACAGCAACAAAAGAAACUAAAAAUGCCAAGUCUGACUUAUCCGAUUCUGAACAUUCUUUCACUUUGCAGCUUUCAGUGUCAACAUGUGAAAAUAGUAAUAAAAGUGAAAUGAAUACUAAUUCCAGCAAUAAAGAAAAUGUUUGUCCCAAAAUUCCUGUUCCAGAAACAGAAUUUGAACCAAUGGAUGUUGAUGACGAAGAAAUUGACAUUCUAUUUAAUGAAGCCCAGGACAAAUUUAACAGUUUUGAAAAGGUUGUUCGAGAAAAAGAUCCAGUUAUAAAGGAAGAAGUUCGCAUUGUUGUAAAAAAUAUUGAAAAUGUUGAAAACCAUGUCGAAGCUAACAAUGAAGUAAAGAAGAAAGAAUCGAACGAAUCAGUUGUUGAAAAAGAAAAUAUUAAGAGCCCAGUAAAGAAAUUAGACACUCCUGUUAAGCAAGCUGUUGUGGUUGAAAGUAACGAUGAAAGUGUUGAGCAUACAUUGAAAGAAAAAAUCUCUUGUAAAAAAACAGAAGCACCAGAUUCAGAUACCGACAGUUUUUCGAACGAAACUACGCAAAAAGUGAACGGUAUUGAAGAAACUACCAAACCAAAGGAUCAAGUUUCAAAGGAAACAGCAGAAAGUCAGGUAGAAACUCAAAACAAGGAAUUGAAUCGAUCAGUUGUGGAAAAAGAGAAGAGUCCAGAGAAAGAAAUAGCUACUCCAAUCAAACACGCCUUUGUUGUGCUUGAAAAUAUAGACUCAUCAUUAACAGAGAAAAUAUCUUCAAAAAAGUUACUAGAAAGACCGACUAGGAAGAGUCCUAGAAUCAAUUCCCCUCGACCUGACGAAAAGGAAAAGUUGGAAAGCCCAAUGGAAAAAGUUGUCACGCCUGUGAAACAAGUUAUUGAAACUCCGACUAGAAGAAGUCCUAGAAUCAAUUCUCCUCGGCUUGACGCACAGGAAAAGUCGGAAAGUUUAAGGGAAAAAGUGGUCACACCUGAGAAACAAGUUACUGAAAUUACCCAGAAUGAACAAAAGGGACGAAGUUCAUCUCCGAAGAAAACACCUACAAAAAAUCAAGAAAGUCCUAAAACACAACUAAAUGAAAACAUUCCUACUCCAGAAAGUGUCAAAAAGGGAAUAAAAUCUGUUACAAUACGGCUCGACGAAGAGGAAACGGUGAAAAGCCCUAUGAAAGAAGUAGUCACACCUGGAAAACAAGUUUCUGAAACUACACAGAAAGAACAAAAGGGAAGAAGUCCAUCUCCCAGAAAAACACCUAAAGCAAAGGAAGAAACUUCUAAAACAGAAUUAAAUGAAAAGAGGACUACUCCCGGAAGUGUCAAAAAACAAGAGUCAAAUAGAACUGUUGAAAGUCCACUGAAGUCAACUCCUGGGAAGGUUUCUGACAAAGUAAAAUCACUAAAGUCGCCUGUAAUAAAUAGCAUUAGUACAAUUGGUGACGUAGUGGAAGACACCAAUAGAACAGAAUUACCUAAAAUGUUAGAAGAUGCUGACAGUUCAAUCGUGUCAAAGAACACUAGUAAUGAUAACUCGUUUGAAGUAAAUAUUUCAGAGAAGGAAUGUAAAGAGGAAGAUUCUGUUGUAAACGAAAAGACUGAUAGUUGUGAUAAGUCUCAAUCAGACAUCACCGACAAAGAAAAUACGGAAGAAGCUGUAACCACUGAAGAUGAAACCGAAAAAUCUCAGGAGGUUGAAGAAAGUGAAGAUUUUGAAGUGAACGAAAAUAAGCAAGUGACUCCAGAAAAAGAACAAGAAAUAUUUGAAGCGGAAUCAGAAUCCGAAGAAGACUACGCGUCACCCGUGAAAAAAAUUAAAAAAGUGCAACCGCAAUACAACAGUGUAAGCGAUGAUGAAGUGUUUGCAUCAAAAAAUAAAAGUCGAUCAGAUAGUAUAUUCGAAAGAUCUAUUGAUUCUAAAUAUUGUUUCAUCCAGCGUAGUAAAGAACUUACACAAGAAAAAGAAGUUUCUACUGUUGUAGUGAGCGAUAGUGAAGAAGAAAUCUCUUCAUGUGAUGAUGUUUUUGUUUCUACAGAAAAGGGAAAAGACACAAAUGUGGCAAAAGAAGCUGAAUCUUUAAACUCAACACUUGAAAAAGAUGAUGAAAAUCGUCUCAAGCCUAAAUCCGAAGAUGUUAUGUCACAGAGUAUGUGUAAGCGGUUGUCAGAUCGUGUAUCAAUCUGCUUACAAGAAACUAUCAAAGCAGAUGAGGACAAAGAAACGAAUUUGAGCGGUCGUAUUCACAACAUGGUUGAUUAUUUCUGUUCAACGAUAAAAACUAGUGGCGACGUUUCCAUCAACGUAUCCAUGGAGUACGCAGCUAAUAAUUCGGAAAAUGAAGAUAAAAGUGAUAUGAUAGAAAUUUCUAUGAUUGCAUCUGACGUUACCGAAGAAGAAAAACCAGUGGACUUUCAGAAAGGAAGCAAAAGGCGUAAAAUCUGCAAAGAAACACCAAACAAAGAAGAUUUAAAAUUGGUGGAAGAUGAAGAAAAAAUGAACUCUGCGAAGAAAACUAAAAAGCGUGGAUCGCUUGUUGCCGACUCUCCUAAGCCGAAAUCUACUCCGUGGAAGAAACACAAAAAUGAUACUUCUCUAGAAGAAAGUCAAGUUGAGGACUCUGGUGAAGACAAGUUGGGAUAUGAUUCUUCUAAAAAUUUUGAAAAAUUCUUAAAUGAAUCUUGGCACAGUGAUGAUGAUGAUGUCUCCUGGAAACCAGAUCCCGAUGCCACCCACUCGGAACUAAGUACCGAUGAAGCAUCUGAUUCAGAGACAGAUGCAAGCGAUGAAGUAACAGAAGAAUCUCUCAGUGCAAAUGAGAAGUCAAAGGUCGACUUGGAUGAAGAUAAAAAGUCUAAGAAAACUAGGAAACUUUUCUCUAUUAGCAACUAUAUGUCAGAAACUUUGCCCAGUGGACUUUUUGCAGAUACAGAAGAUGAAAAUGAAGAUAAAACUGCGGAAAGACAGCCGUUAAACGCUAAAAAAUCCAAAAAAGAAAAAGUUGCUACUUUUACUGAAUCCAAAACUGGGAAGAAAUUAGUUCCAGAGGCCUCAGAAGUUGGAAAGAAAAACAAGAAACGCAAACAUUCAAUGUCUGCCGCAGGUGAGGAAAUUCCAAUCAAAGCGAAGGUUAUUAAGAAGGAGGAAGCAGAACUACAAAAUGUUAUUUCUGUUGCAUUCAAGCCCUCAACUGGAAAAUCCAAGAAGAAAGGGAAAUCUGGUUAUAUUAAACCAUCCACUAGAUCGCAAGCUGGUUGGGAUGUGGAGAUUUUUUCUUAAGUUUUGCCGUUGUUAGUUAUAUGUCCGUUUUUUCAGUUAAUUCAAAACAUGAUCUGUUUAAUCAAAGGCUGAUGAAAUAUAUUUGUUUUUUUCUUUAA